AUGGUCCAUUACGACAGAACCAGAAUGGACAAGUUCAACUACGCUAGAACCAACACUUGGGAGACUCUUCGAAAGGUGGUUGACAACUGUCUGACAAUCUUUCCUAUGCUCACAGUCACCUGUGGUCCUAAUCGAUUUCAAAUCAUCAUAAACUCUACUUUGCUUCAAGUUCUGGGUCAGAAAUUAACUGUCCCUUCCAGAAACCUGCAACCACCCAGCCCUGCUCGCCUCCAAGCAGGGUUUGUGAUUCCCCCAAAGGAUUCCCGUACCACUGUUUCUCAAUCACCGACACCUAGUGAGAAUGGUUCACCCAGAUCCAAGAUUGUUCCUAGUCAGACUGCAUCUCCUCAACCUCGGGAGCAUCGGACAAUCCUAUAUCUUCUGAUAAUGAUCACAUGA